AUGUCGUACUUUGCCAACAUUAAGGAAUUGCCGCCUGAUCCCUUGUUCGGGUUGAAGGCUCGCUACAACGCCGACUCCCGUCCCAACAAGGUCGACUUGGGCAUUGGUGCCUACCGUGACAACAACGGCAAGCCCUGGAUCUUGCCCGCGGUGAGACAGGCAGAAAAGAAGUUGCAAGAGCUGCCCAACUACGACCACGAAUACCUCGGCAUUACUGGUUACGCCCCUUUUGUCCAGAACGCCGCUAAGGUCAUCCUUGGCGCUGACUCCCCCGCCCUCGCUAACGGCAACGUCGUGUCCCAACAAACUUUGUCGGGGACCGGGGCUUUGCACGUUGCUGGUGUAUUCUUGUACAGAAACUUGACCUCGGGUCCCGGGUCGAAGCGGUUGUACUUGCUGAAACCUACCUGGGCUAACCACCACCAAAUCUUCACCGACAUUGGCUUCCAAGUCGACCUGUAUCCUUACUGGAAGGAAGACAAGACCCUCGAUUUCGACGGGUUCGUUGACACCAUCAAGACCGCCCCCAGAGGGCUGAUCUUUGUCCUCCACGCCUGCGCCCACAACCCCACCGGUUUGGACCCUACUAAGGAACAAUGGCAAGUGUUGUUGACUGCCAUCUUCGACAACGGCCACGUGCCUUUGUUUGACUCGGCCUACCAAGGUUUUGCCCUGGGUUCGCUCGAUCAGGACGCCUACCUGAUUCGUUACGCGGUGGCCAACCAACGUGCAGAACCCAUUGUCAUCUGUCAAUCGUUCGCUAAGAACGCUGGUAUGUACGGUGAACGUGUUGGUUGCGUCCACGUCAUCAGCAAGGACACCAAGAUCACCAAGGCCAUCGCCACCCAACUCAAUAAGAUCGUGCGUUCGGAAGUGUCGCUGGCACCUGCUUACGGCUCUAAGGUCGUCGCCACCAUUUUGACCGACCCUCAAUUGUACGAGCAAUGGAAGCAGGAUCUCGUGACCAUGUCGUCUCGUAUCCACCUGAUGAGAGUCAAGUUGAGAGACAGCUUGAAGGCUUUGGGUACCCCUGGUAACUGGGACCACAUUGUCAACCAAGUGGGUAUGUUCUCGUUCACCGGUUUGUCCGCGGAACAAGUUGCCCGCUUGGAAAAGAACCACGCUGUUUACCUUGUGUCGCUGGGCCGGGCCCUGAUUGCGGGGUUGAACGACGGUAACGUUGAACGGGUGGCUCAAGCCAUCGAUGAAGUCGUGAGACACGUGAAGACUAAGUUAUAA